CCGUAGGGCGGGCUGUCUGCGCGGUGCGCGCGGCCUUGUCGUCAUAAUAUAUGUUUUGUGUUGCAUGAAUAUGAAUAACGAUGCAACUCUAAUCAUCGGAAUUGCAACAUCAUCUUCAGGCAAGGAAGGAAAGAUGGAACUGUGAAGUAAACCAUCGUCGAAAUGGAGGCUCUCAUUUGCUUUGUGAUUGCCAUGAUGACCUUCCUGCUGCUCUUCGACCAGUACUGCCAUGAAGCGAGCCAAGAACGCACGCAAGUUCGCGGUAACGGAGGCGACGAGGAGCCCGUCCCUACACCAAAAACGAAUCGUUACUACUCCACCAGUCUAUUUGCCAUCCUCGGCCUCUCCAGGGAAGAGGUACAGAACUUCGCAGCAUUUCGGGACAGGUUUCGAUCGUUUGCGGAGGUCAGCACGGCCAUGCUGCGAGCAGGUCUACCAGACAUUCACGUCAUCAUUGGCAUAGACUUUUCGGCGAGCAACGAGUGGCAGGGUCGCAAGUGUUUUCGCGGAGAGACCCUCCAUGCCAUCCGCGGAAAUUCUAUCUACAACCCUUACCAGAAGGUCUUGUCAUCCCUGGGUGGUGUGCUGAUGCCUCUGCUCCAUGGGAAUCCGAUUCCGGCCUUCGGCUUCGGUGACAGCCGGACGAAAGACACGGACGUGUUCCCCCUGAUUGACUCUGGUGCUCCGUGCUUGGACUUCAAUGACCUGAUGUGUGCGUACUCGCAUACUGCACAAAGGGUACAGCUAAGUGGCCCAACGAGCUACGCACCUGUCAUCCAGAAGGCGCAAGACAUUGUGUCCAGCAGACGAGAGUUUCACAUCCUCCUGAUUGUGACGGACGGACAGGUGACAAACGGUGAUGCUGCGUCACGUCGAGCCAUCAUAGCUGCUUCGCACCACCCGCUGUCCAUAGUGAUUGUGGGAGUUGGAGACGGCCCCUUUGUAUCCCUUGAGGAGUACGACAACCUCUUGCCGGAGAGACUGUUCGACAACCUCCAACUCGUGAAGCACAUCGAGGCGACGAGGAGCUGUCGAAACCCCGACGCUGCCCUGGCGCUCCACGCUUUGAUGGAGAUACCGGAUCAGUACAGGGCCAUUACAAAGUUAGGGCUCCUGAAAGGGCAAGCAACUUGAGGCCCGUAAAUUUUCGGCGGUUCACUAGAGGUGGGCAAAGUCACGUCCUACUGGGUUAUAACGACCGUGUCGUAAUCGUCAACCCUUAUGAGGACCUCGUCCACACGAUCUGCUAGGGGGCGCUACUCGUCGGCCCGCGAGAUCAACAUCAUGAUUGGACAAUGGAAAUUUGAAUUUUGAACGCGCAGAAGCGGACGUACGACUACCGUUGCAGACGACAGCAACAGCUCCUAUGAAAACAGAUGAUGACAGUUGAUGUACAACAGAUGAACAGUAGAAUGAUGAUGAUAAUCAACUUUAGAAAGGAGCACCUUCUCUGGGACAUCCAACGCUUGUACAAAAAUACUAAGGUACGCUGAGGAACAAAGUACUGCAGAAAUCGAGGAGGCAAUAACCGAGCCGAUGAGUAGCGCCACCGCCGGCUUCCAAAUGCGGCGCGGGGAAGGGGUGCCCAUGACGAGGUCAUUAUAAUUUAGCGGCCUGCUUACUCGUUGCCAUGAUAUAACAAUUAAGAGUCAGCCAAUGAGGAUCGUGUCUUCAACGGCUGUAGCCAAUCACGAACGUGCUUUCGGCGGUCGUGGCCAUGAAGACGAACCACCGUCGUCUGCGAGCUGUGAUUGAAUGCCCCCGAGUACUAAAUGGGAAAACUUGGAAACAAAGCGCAAAACGGUCCCAAACUUUCUCAAAACUGAUUUUCUGGAAGCCGUCUUGCACUUUUUGUCUAAAUAUUUAGGUUUGCAGGUUCCAGGUGAGCUUCAAUCACUUGUGUGUUCUUGAAUUCUCAGAACGGCAAAUCGGAGUAGUAGACAAAUUCUGACUUAAUGUGUACACGUUGGCAAAGUAUGGCCCUCAAUAUUUUUCUGGAAAAAAAAAUUCCUCAUAUCACUAUUUCUGAAAAUUUUCUGCACCUCACCUAAAUUUUUUUUUCCUAACAAAUUCCUCGCAUUACUCUUUCUGGAAACUUUUCCUCUCCUUACCCCAAUAUUUUUUUUCUGGUAAUCCUCCACCCCUCACGUCAAUCUUUCUGACUGAAAUUUUCCUCGCGCUAGGUUCAAUAUUUUUUUCUAGAAAUUUCGAAUUUUUGAGGCGAGGACGUCCUUACCCCCGUUUUUCCCUCGUGAGGAUGCCCACCUCUACUGUUCACUGCAUUUCUUCAAGCACAGAUCAUUCUGGAGCAGGAGCCUCCAAUGUACACAACAUUGUGACCUGUAUGGCAUUUGCCGUGUGUUGCGCUUCUGGCAGGACUACAUUGAAUAGAAAAAAACAUACAGAUGCCACACAAGGUAAAUACAAGGGCCCCCAAUUCAUCUUGAUUCACAUUUUUCAUUUUUUAAAACUUUUAUUUCAUUUUUAUUUUUAUUUUUAGUAAUUUAACUUCCUCCUCUGAAUCAACUGUGCCACGAUUGUGCCAUUAAGAGCAUGUUACGUAGGUAUUUUGUGUGGUAUGAUUUUUAAAGCACUGCCACGAACAAGAAUAUUUUUGUUCAGUGACCAUAACUGCGCAGCAAAGCCUUGUGGGAGACACUUUCCUCCACUUUUACAUAGAAACAUGUGGGGUAUCGCCUUGUCAAAGGUGUUGGGGACCGCUGCUGUGUACAGCCUCAGAAUAGCUGCUUAUUAAUUCAGGUUUUAGUGCAGCUUAACCGAGCAGCUACCUAGCAAUAUUUAGCACUAUUUGGUACACAAACAUCACUUUCAUUUAGCAUACGCAACAGUAGCAAUGACAGUACUUCGUACAUUUUCUACUUGUACGAAGUGCUCGUUUUCGGAAUUUAUGUUUAUUGUAGUGCUUUAAUUUGCUUCAAAGUAAUCACUCCCUGCAGUGAUGAAACAGUUCCACUACUUCACAUAUGUGUAAAGUGUUACACAAAAGGCGUACGCCCCCAGUUUUAAAAAAUCUGGAGACAAUAUGUUAUUGUCUUGGCUAUGGCUAUGGCUAUGGCUUGUUGGCUAUGACCUUGUUUAUGUGGUGAAGUAUAACUGCAGCUUUCCAGAGAGCCCAACCGGUCCCUUAGUAAUACCAGAAUGCAGUGCCAGACUGUUGGAGGGCUGCAUUUCUAGACUCGGCCCGAGCUCGGCAUUCCCGGCCAGUCGAUUACAGAGUAGUGGUCUGUAAAAGUUAGCCGUGGCUAACUAUUACUGGCGUAGCACAGGCUCGAGCCCAGGCGGACAGUGUCAAACAGGAGCCUGGGCCAGGCAAGCGAAAGGAAGGGGGGUAAGCCUAUGCAGCUCUUGGGUAAGCCUAUGGGUAAGCCUAUGGGUAAGCCUCUGGGUAAGCCUCUGGGUAAGCCUAUGCAGCUCUCUAGGCAGCACAACUUGUUGGUAUGUACACUCCUUUCAAGGGUACACAUCAGGAACAUUUUUGGGCAGCAGCAAAUGUGUAGUUAUGGCAUUAAGAAUUCAGUUACUUAUGCGCACAAUGUUCACUUCUCACAGUGCUGCUUGCCUUCCAGUGCCACUGUUUAUAUUAUGUAUUAUUUUGUUUUGUCACUGCAUUUUGCUAUACUGUGCAGCUUUUACAAAGGUCCUGUAGUAUAUAAUUUUUAUUGCCCUCGUGUCAAUCUUUUGAGUGCCAAGAACUUUAUACAGCCCUAAGCCUAUUGAAAGUUUGAAAUACGUACUACGUAUGGGUGGAACGCACUUGUAGUACAGCUUUGACAUACAGAAUUGUGGAAAAGCUACUUAUGGCAAUAAAAAAGUUACAAGUCACA